ACUACUACUACUACUACUACUACUACUACUACUACUACUAGUACAAAUUCCACGAAGAUACUAGCACAAAUAUGUCCCCCUCCGCAGAAACACCGUCAACCAGCACAGGAGCCAAUGGUACACCGCACAACCCCAAUCAUGAGGAACAUCAAUACCUCAACUUAAUCCGCACAAUCCUCGCCUCAGGCGAAGACCGGCCCGAUCGCACCGGCACAGGGACACGCUCUAUCUUCGCGCCGCCUCAGCUCCGCUUCUCGCUCUCCAAACCGGGCGUCAAUCCCACCGACGACCCCAUCCCCGUCCUCCCCCUCCUGACCACCAAGCGCGUCUUCCUCCGCGCCGUCGUCGCUGAGCUCCUCUGGUUCAUCUCCGGCUGCACGUCAUCCCUCCCGCUCUCGGAGCAGGGCAUCAAGAUCUGGGACGGCAAUGGCAGCCGCGAGUUCCUCGACAAGGUGGGACUCGACCAGCGCGAGGUGGGCGACCUGGGCCCCGUAUACGGGUUCCAAUGGCGACACUUCGGGGCGGAGUACGUCGACGCGGCAACCGACUACACGGGUCAGGGCGUCGACCAGCUGGCCGAGGUUGUGCACAAGCUGAAGCAUAACCCGUUCGAUCGCCGCAUCAUCAUGAGCGCCUGGAACCCCGCCGAUCUCAAGAAGAUGGCCCUCCCGCCCUGCCACAUGUUCGCCCAGUUUUACGUCUCCUACCCCAACGGCCGGGACCAGAAGGGCUUCCUCCACUGCCAGCUCUAUCAGCGCUCCUGUGACGUGGCCCUGGGCGUGCCCUUCAACAUCGCUUCCUACGCGCUCCUGACCCACAUGCUGGCCCAUGCCGUGGACCUGCACCCAGGGACCUUUGUGCAUGCCAUGGGCGAUACCCAUGUGUAUCUGGACCAUGUGGAACCUUUGCAGGAGCAGCUGGUGCGGGAGCCAACUGAGUUCCCGGAGUUGAAGAUCCGUCGCGAUGAUAAAGGCAGUGGUGUGGUUGAUGGGUGGAAGCCGGAGGAUUUUGAUGUCGUUGGAUACAACCCGCAUAAGGCUAUUAAGAUGAAGAUGAGCGUUUAAAAGAAUUUGCUUUUCUUUCCUUUUUUUUUGAUGUGCGUGCUUUUCCUAAAACUUGUGCGUUAUAUACCUUUGUUCACU